ACUAUUCUGCGUAAACAGAGGUAAACAGUUACUUUGUUUUGCUGCUGUGUGAAUGGCUGUUUCCGACCCAUUUUAGUCGAUAUUUUGCAUUUAAGUAUCAAAUUAAUUCUAAAAGUCUAAAAAGGCUUAGUAACGGACAACUUUUCGUGUUUCCCUCGAGGUGUUAUUUAGUACUGGUUUUGCAUCUCCAAUUUGCAGAUUUUACCUGGUUAAUCAGGCUGGUAACACAAUUGAUACUCUAAUUAUUGUAACUCAAAGUAGUUCCUGAAAUCGGCAUAACCGGCACCUCGAACAUGGCCAAAGUAAUUACCCAGGAAACAUUUGACGAUGUGGUUAAGGAAAACAUUGUGGAGUUUUCUAUGUCUGCCGAGGAGUCCCGUGAAGAAACGGUAAAACAGUUCGAGGCUCAGGGCAUCAAUUUGGCCAACAUCAUUAAGGAUUUGAACCUGAACGAGGACAGUGGGGUUCCUUUGCUGAACGAGGCUGUGGAAUGGUUGAAAUCAAAACGGUUGGAACUAGCAGACGCGAACAAAGGCGAAGUUUGUAAACAGCUGGGCAUCAUUACGGCGGAAUGCAAAUUGAGUGUGCCACAUCGAGUGUUGGCUGCAAAGCUGGGUGCUUACGAGGCAAUCGUUAAUGUGCUGGACAAGGAGAAGGCGUUGGAUAAGGAAAUCGUUGCCAAUUUGCUAGCAGCUGCCAAUUCAAUCAUCAAUAAGCAACCUGAUAUCUUCGGCUUAAAAUCUUUGAAAACUAUUUCAAGACUCCUGGAAACGGAGACCGACCAAGGAAUUGUGUGUGAUCUAUUGAGGUGGCUUCAAAAAGCAUGUGUUCUACAUGAAAUGAAUCGCCAGUUGAUUAUGGAGGAUAGCCUUACGUUGAAGCAUUUGAAAACGCUUGUCCGGCACGACGAAGUUGAGAUAGUGAAGAACGUUUGCAUUCUGUUCAGAUAUCUGAUUUUGGACGACGAUAUUCGAGUGGAAUUCGGGAAAGCUCACGAGCAUGCCAGAACUUUGGCCGUUGAAACAUUGGCAGACAUCACCAAGUUAUUAUUCAAAUUCAAAUCGGACCAGAAUCUGGUGUGUGAUAUCUUAUUAACGGUCGCUUCUUUAACCGUGCGCAAUGAAUUCUGUCAAGUGGUUGAAGAUGCCGGGGGUUUAAAAUUCAUUAUGGAUGCGAUGGUUGAGUUCGCCGAUUCAAUAAAAAUCCUAAGAGAAUCGUGCAAACUGUUGAAGGCUCUGGCCGGCAACGAUUCUGUCAAAUCACACAUCAUUCAAAACGGCGCUGCGCCGCUCAUUGAGUCAGCACUCAACCGUCACAAGGACAAUGAGGCGUUCGCCCGCCAUGCAUUGCUGUGCGUGGCUACGCUGACACUUCGAGAGAAACAAAACAGCAAAGCACUGUUUGAAACGGGAAUUUCGGAAACCAUAGUUCAAACAAUGAAGAUUCAUGCCUCCAGUAAGAUUGUGCAACGAAACGGUGCCUGGUCAAUCAGAAACAUGGUGUCGCGGUCCCGCGACCAGUGUGACGCGUUUAUCAAUCAGGGAGCGGAGGACGUUCUUAAUCAAGCGCUUACGGAUCAUCCGACCAUUGCCCAUGACGUCAAGUCCGCGCUUCGUGAUUUAGGUUGCAAGGUGCAUCUGAACGAAGAAUGGAAGGCACAAUCUGACAUUCAAAUCAAGAAGGAUGAAUGAUGCGAUUGGCUUGAUACGGUAAUCCAGAAGACUUCAAUAUAAUAGAUUUGUUAUUUGUUAACACGUAACUUUACUCUUGUGAGUGCUAACACAAGACAGAUAUUUAUUUAGACAGUUCUCAUUUCAAAUAACCGUACUCACUGCCUUCAUUAUUUAUAUUAUUCGGCAAUUAUAAUACAUAAUAUUCAAUAAUAAAUGCUUUUUCAUAAUACUUUA